GCUUUCGUCUUGUGUGUGUCACAGCAGAUACUAAACAGCAUGGAAGGGUGUCAGCCCCUCAAAGUCACAGUUGGAGCAAUAGAAGGGGAAAACUGUGGUUGACAGCCCCCUGUGAAUCGAGAAAAGUUGGCAAUAGACCGCCAUACGACUUUUUUACUACUAGGAUACUAAACGAAACUUUGCAUAGUGAAGCCUAACUCAGGAGUCGUUAGAUAGCCAUCUGGCUAACUGGCAGCUAGCUUGCUAACCUGCUAGCCAUCGUAGUUGUCGUAGGGUAACAUUAACUCAGUUGGAGCACCCUUCAUUAUAACGUUAACUGAUAGGAUUGCACUACGUUUUGAUCUAAAUUCAGGAAGGACAUAGAAGCAACACUUCAAAGGGAUCCACAGGUGCCAUCACAUUCCUGGUGAGCGCCAGUCGUGUGUCCACCCUGAGCCGCGUGCCCGCGUGCCACCCUGAGUGUGGGUGUGCAUGAGCGGCGGAGCGGGGGCAUGGGGAAUGGGGUGCAGGAACGCCAGGCGGCACUGAGACAGAGCGAGGUGCUGCCCCUUCCCUCCUCCAGCAGCAGCCAAUCAGAGGGUUUUAAACAGGGUCGCUCCAUGGUGAACUCCCUGCUGUCUGGAGCCCUUGCUGGUGCUGUGGCCAAAACAUCUGUGGCCCCUUUAGACAGAACCAAGAUCAUCUUCCAAGUGUCUUCAGCAAGAUUUUCUGCCAAGGAGGCCUACUUGCUCAUCUACCGCACCUACCUGAAGGAUGGCUUCCUUAGCUUGUGGCGGGGCAACUCUGCCACCAUGGUCCGUGUCAUCCCCUAUGCUGCCAUCCAGUUCUGUGCCCACGAACAGUACAAGAGGCUGCUGGGUGGUUACUACCAAUGCCAGGGCAAGACCCUGCCCCCCGUGCCACGGCUGUUGGCAGGCUCCCUGGCGGGCACCACGGCCGUGUCGCUCACGUACCCGCUGGACAUGGUGCGAGCCAGAAUGGCCGUCACACCCAAAGAGAUGUAUAGCAACAUCAUGCACGUGUUUGUGCGUAUCUCUCGUGAGGAGGGCCUGAAGACUCUGUACCGGGGCUUCUCCCCCACCAUACUGGGUGUGGUGCCCUACGCUGGGCUCAGCUUCUUCACCUACGAGACCCUUAAGAAGCAUCACGGAGAGCGCACGGGUCGUACUCAGCCUUACUCGUACGAGCGGCUGGUGUUCGGGGCGUGCGCCGGCCUGAUCGGUCAGUCGGCGUCGUACCCGCUGGACGUGGUGCGCCGGCGCAUGCAGACGGCGGGCGUGACCGGCCACACGUACGGCACCAUCCUGGGCACCAUGCGCGAGAUCGUGCUGGAGGAGGGCCUGGUGCGCGGCCUCUACAAAGGCCUGAGCAUGAACUGGGUCAAAGGGCCCAUCGCCGUGGGGAUCAGCUUCACCACCUUUGACCUCACGCAGAUCCUGCUGCGCAAGCUGGGCUACGCGCCGCGGUAGUGAGGAGAAGGGAGAGAGAGCGGGACGGACAAGCGGAGAGGAGGAGAGGAGAGAGAGAAGAGGAGUGGGCGAGAGAGGAAGCAGCUCAGGGACAUGGAGAGCUGUGUUUUAGCGCCAACGCUGCGCGAGAGGCCGGGCUGCCGAGCUGAGCCCAGCGCUGCCUGACCGCCAGUGACCGUGCACACUCACACACACACACACACACGCACACACACCAGUGUGGGCCAGUCCAGUCCAUGCUCAGUGGAGGUCACUGACCAGUUAGUGUGUGUCCAGUUGCUUGUGUGACUGGAUGUGAAUUGCAGUUAGUAUGUUCUACGUCCUUGCUUUGUCUAUGGCCAGGUACAGUGUGUGUGUGUGUGUGUGUGUGUGUGUGUGUGUGUGUGUGUGUGUAUGUGAAGCUAGGCUAGCUAGCUAGGCUGUAAGUGAAUGUAUGUCUGCCUGCACAGCAGUUCUCCUCAGCAGACCGUGUGCAGUGCAGUCCUGUCCACCAAGUGCAAUACUGGCACCUCCAUGUCACGCCAUGUGUCCAUCCACACACUAGCACCGCCCUCUUCACGUCUGACCAUUACCCAUAAGCCCCCCAGCCCAUCUCCCACACAGCACACUGAACUCACUCUGCACAUCAGCUCCCUUCUCCCAGGUCUUGGCAUUCUCAAGCAUUCUAUUUCAGUCAUGUCUUGUUUUGGGGGGGUUUGCCUUCUGGUGGGAACUGUGGAUGAGCCUUUGGGAAUGAGUUGACACACGCACACACAUUAGUCUUCACACGCACUCACAUGCGCACACACACGGGCAUACACACACACACACACACACAUAUGUUAUUUGCACACACACCAGUUUUGGUGUGUUAAGGUUCUUGUAUCCUUUCAAAGCAAUGGUGAGGUGGUGAGGAUGAUAUAGUUCUUUGUUUGAUUUAGUGUUUUUGUUUUGUUUUUGUCUAAAUAAUUACCAAAGGGAAAGAUGGUAAACCAUAGUACAAUGUUUCCAUUUAAACAGAGACAGAUGUACCAUACUGUCUCACAAAUGUAUAGCUAACAUAUGCAUUAAAUGCUGAAUUUUGCAGUAUGGUGAAUUGAUGCUGUAGAAGGUGGAUGCGCACACGUGCAUGUGUGUGUGUGCGUGUGCGUGUGCGUGUGUGUGUGUGUGUGUGUGAGAGUGAUUUGUGUUUGUGGGAGUGUGUGGCUGUGUGUGUGUUUUGAGGGGGGCAAGUUGCAUACAUGCAAAUUUGUUUAAGAAACCUUUCAGCUCUGCUGUAGCGGGCUGGCUGAAUAAUGUGCAGAUGGCCUAUGUUUAGAUCUCGGCCUUACUGGAUCAUUGCAAGCAGGCACAUAGCUUGAGUACUUGCAGCAGGUGUGGGGUUGCUGAAGGAAGGAGAUUUAUGUGUGUGUGUGUGUGUGUGUGUGUCUCUGUGUGUGUGUGUGUUAGGAAUAGAGGGUGAGUGAGAGAGAGAGAGAGAGUGCAUGUGUUCUACAGAGGACUACAUAGCUGCUGACAACUCCAGACCAACACUCUCUGUACAGAAAACACUGCCACUCUUUUUGGUCUGUGAAUGUGUGUACAUGUUUAUUGGUUUAUGUCCUUGCCUGUGUGUAAUAAUGUUAAUCUCUGUGUGUGUCUCAAUGUGUCUUUAUAGACAGCAAUGCAUUCAUAAACACACAAAUAAUCACACAUACAUGCUAGGCCUUUGUGUGACUUCAGUGUGUUGCACUAGUCUUCUCUUUGACUAAAAUGUAGUCCAGCUCUUUCCUGGACCCCUCCUAAGUGCCUGGAAGAGCAAUAGUACAAAUGUACUCUUCACUAAAUGCAAAGUGUGGAAGUGUAUGGUGGUACACUUCAGGUUUUCUCUGUGGAUGUUGUCCUCUCAGAGUUUUCACUUGUCCAAAAGAGUGUAAGAGUGAUUGGAUGAGGGGAGGGGGGAUUGUGAAGCGAGGUCUAACUGGAAGUGUAGCAUAUCUCUGCCUGCCUGUGUAUCUGUCUACUGGCUUACAUCUAAUCAGACAAGCACUUCUGCCAAAAGCUUAAACGUGAAAUUGAGUUUCCUAACCUGUAGUUCAGGGGAGCGCAUAGAUACUACAUAUGAAAUUCCAUUCACAGAUAUGACUGCAUAUCUCCUAUUGAAAUUCUGAGGCUUUCAUUGUCUCCCUCUGGCAGUGUAUUUUCGAAAUGGCCUGUAGUUUGGCUGAGUAUGGCACAAGUAUGGACAGGACUACUGCUGCAAUAGCUGUGGAUUGUGGGAAGUGCUCAGUGAUGUGCGCUAAAAGGACAAUAGAGGGCGCUAUCUGCUCACCUCAGUUUCCGCUCCACAUAGAGAGGAUAACAAAGACUCGGGUAAUCUCAGCACCUACCACUGAAGUUAGCCUACAGCAUGGGCCUGAGCCACUUAGCCUACAGCAUGGGUUUGAGGUUCAAUUUACUGGCGACUAUAUUAAGUGAUUUUUCCACAGCAACAUAGACUGAUAUCUUUUGAGUGAUUCUUGCACACCAAUAGAGCUCCCCUAAACUGACAGUCAGCUGUGGACCUCAAUUGGUAAAUGUUGGGUUUGGUUGCAAUGCACCCUUGAGGAUAAUUAAACAUCACAAUUAUUUGUGAAGUAUUAAUUGUCUGGAGAGAGUUUAGCAUUAUACAUCUCCUGCUGCAGCAUUGUGGUUGUAAGUGUCAUGUAACCAGGUGUUGUAAUUCCAAAUUGAUACAAUUGUGUACUUACUACAUUAUCUGACUUUACUGAGUAGCUGAAAGAAUACUAUACAAUACUAAGCUUUUAAUGCAGGAAGUACAUUGUAACAAUGUGUAAUUGCAGUUCUGUUUACAUUGUAUUUACCCAUAACAGGAGUGAUGUAAUAUGAAGUGUGGUCAUUAAUACUGAGUCAGUGUUUCCCAUACAUUGACUUAUUUGUGGCGGCCCACCACAAUAUCAACAUUGACCACCACACAAUGAUUUUCCUGGUUGUACUAAAGUGUGCUUAAGUCUGGUUAGAAUCAUAACCACACUGCACUAAUUUAAAAACUGUUGCAUUCAGGUUAAUUCUGCAAACCUACCACCACAAAUAGAAUUCAAUUAUGUGGGAAACACUGUGAGUCCUGUCAAUCCAGACUGAGAACAACAGACUCUAGGACUGGUCUCAAUCAGAUGCCCCUCUGGCAUUGGACCAGGGCUGAUGCCAUCUGAUCAGCAGGUGGUAACGGAGCUACAGAAAAGACGUCUAAACGUGCAUUGAUUGAAAACGGUAUUAUGAGCUGACAAUCAAGCUAUGCCAAAGCACACGUUGCUUUUUGUUUGCUCCCUCAGGGGUACUCUUUGGGAGGAUUUGUGAAGCAACCAUAUCAAUUGCUUAAUGUAAUUUGAUCAGGAUAUAAAAAAUAUAUAAAAAAAGAGAAAGAAUUGACAUAAAGUAGGCUAAGUGGUACACCAGACAAACCUGACAUUACCAGUAUAUUGGUAUCUGUUGUGCAUGACUUCUGAAAAUAACUCAUUUUCUUGCUGUUGACAAUUUCUACCUAUCUAAACAUUUAUCAGAGUUUAUCACCUUCUUUGUUUUGAUGCAUCUAUGCUCAAAGCUGUUUUGUAAAUUUUUAAGGUUUUGUGCCAAGAGAAUGUAUAUUAAAAUUAUUAAUAUUAUAUAUGAUUUGUGUAGCUCUUAGUGAUUUGAAUAAAGUAGGUGUUUAAUUUGAAAUUAAAUAUUGCUUGAAAAU